CAAACCGUGAGAUCAUGACCUGGGCCAAAGUCAGAUGCUCAACCGACUAAGCCAUCCAGGUGCCCCUAGAGUACUAAUUUCUAAAGAAAUGUGGUAGCGCUACCAUUGUUGUUAGUCUCUUUUAUAAAUUUAGAGAUUAUAUAUUUUAGAAAUUGAAAAAAGUUAUAAGUAUAUAGACUAUACAGUUGUAGAAUAAUUCUUAAACUUUUUAGUCUCAGGAUUCCUGUAUAUUCCUAAAAAUUACUGAGCUUUCUUCUAAGUGUAGGUUACAUCUAUUGAUAUUUACUGUAUUUGAAAUUAAAACUGAGAAAUGUUUAAAGUAAUUCAUUCAAAUUAAUAGACCUGUAUGUGUUAGCAUAAAUACGAUAUUUUUAUGAAAAAUUUAUUUUUUAAAGCAAAGUAUCUGGGGAGAAGAAUAACAAUAUUUAAUUUUUUUUCCAUCUCUUUAAUAUUUGCCUUUAUUAGAGACAGCUAUUUCUCCUAUCUCCUUCUGCAUUCAAUUUGUUGCCAUAUGUUGUUUUGGUGGAACUAUAUGAAGAAAAUUUAGGAACAGUAUUUUCAUAGCUUUUUCAGAUAAUUAUGAAUAUUCAGUACCAUACCAAAACUUGACAAGUAGUGGUUCUUAAAGCUCAGUUCGAAUGUGGAAAUCCAACAAUUCAAUUUCAAGUCUGAAUAACCAUUGUAUGUUGAUCAAUCUUUCUUUCAGGAAAAAUGGUGUUUUCAAUUCAGUCACAAGUACUUUUCCUUGAAACAACCAUGGUACCUCAAAAGAAUUAAGUAUUGAGAAUUGGAUUAUGCCUGCGGUUUAUGCUGGCCAUUUUUCUCAUGUUCUAUGGCUUCAUCCCACAUGGGCUCAGCAAAUCAGAGAGGGAAAACAUCACUUUUUAGUAGGCAGAGACAUUUCUACCACAACCAUCAGGGUUACAAGUACAGAUCAUUACUUUCUAAGUGACGGUCUUUAUGUAACUGAAGACCAGCUAGAGAACCAAAAACCUUUGCAAUUGGAUGUGAUUAUGGUGAAACCUUACAAACUCUGUAACAAUCAAGAAGAAAAUGAUGCGGUGUCUUCUGCUAAGAAGCCAAAGCUAGCACUGGAAGAUGCAGAAAACACUGCCUCUACUAACUGUGACUCUUAUUCAGAAGGACUGGAAAAGGACACAGUGACACGGAAGAAGGGCCAAACUUGCCUAGAGCAGUCACGUCCAUGCUUUUCUGAAAGCCAAGAAUGCCAGACAACAGUCAGCACUGGGGAAAUUCUAGAAAUUUUGAAGAAAGGGGAUGCAUUUGUUUUGGAUAUUGACUUGGAUUUUUUUUCAGUCAAGAAUCCCUUCAAAGAAAUGUUCACUCAGGAAGAAUACAAAAUCUUACAAGAGUUGUACCAAUUUAAAAAGCCUGAUACCAACCUGACAGAGGAAGAUUUGGUAGAUUGUGUUGAUACUCGAAUUCAUCAGUUAGAAGAUUUAGAAGCUGCUUUUGCUGAUUUGUGUGAUGGUGAUGAUGAAGAAACUGUACAGAAAUGGGCUUCAAACCCUGGAAUGGAAUCACUAAUUCCACUUGUACAGAGUUUGAAAAAACGGAUGGAAGUACCAGACUAUGAAAUGGUUCACCAGGCUGGUCUAACCUGUGAUUAUUCAGAACUUCCUCACCAUAUCAGCACAGAACAAGAAAUUGAGUAUCUUAUUCAGUCUGUAUAUUAUUUACUGAAAAAUUUACCAAAACCUACUCUCGUGACAAUUGCAAGGUCAAGUCUGGACGAUUACUGUCCUUCUGAGCAAGUCGACACCAUUCAAGAAAAAGUCCUUAAUGUGCUGAGCUCCCUGUAUGGGGCUGUAGACAUUCACCUGGUGUAUUUAGCAGAGUGUUCUCCAUCUUGAAACAACAAAACACUAGGUUCCUAUAACAUCUUGAUGUAAUAACAGGGUUUUCAUUAACUUAUUAUAAAUGAGUCUUCCAGAGAAGACUUUUGUUUUUAUAUUAACUUUGUUAAAAUCUUUCAGAUAGUUUGAAUCUCAAACAGAUCUUAUCAGUCGUUGAAUGAUGACAAUUUUUUUUUUUUUACAUCAGUUCUACCCUCCCCCCCUCCAGUUAAUUGUUGCUUAUUUUUCUUCCUUUCCAUCAUAGUCUUCCUCAUUUUGUGCGGGUUGUUUUUUCCCCCUAGGUCAGUUGGACUGUACAAAAUUCAUUCAUUUAUUCACUCAACCAACUGACAUUUAUUGAGCAUUUACAUGUGCUAAACAUAAUUAAGUGCUGGGUAUAUGGUGAUGAACAGCAUAGACAAGGCCCCCUGCCCUCUUAGGGGAUGGCUAAGAAACAAAUUAUGGAUUACGAGAAGUAUUAUGAAGGAGCAACCACAAACAUGUCUUAGGCAUCCUCUUAGUACUCAAGGCAUCCUGGCAGGAUAAGAAAGUAACAUUCUCAAAAGCUACCAAAAAAAUAAAUAAAUAAACUUGCUAGUCCAUGAAAAUGUUGCAGGAAUCCUACCUUUCCAAGACUGUCAGGGUUGUGGUGCAGCUGUUGUGGCAAACUCACAUUAUUGUUGGUAUGGAGAAGGUCUAUUUGAGCAGUCAACAAAACAAAAAUUUUCUUUGCUAACAGAAAAGCCCUUCAGGGUUUUUGGUGCCUCCAGAUGAUCAGUAUUGGCAUCGAUUAUCGUUAUAGUUCCUAAGUGCCACUUUAUUGGCAGUCUGGGUUGAUAAUUUCUUCAAAUAAACUAGCUUUUAAUGUAAAUAGUAGAAAAAAAGGUAAAUCCUUAAUUCUGACCUACGGUAAAUACCCAAAGACAUAACUGCCUUCCACCAGCCUCCCCGUGAGGAAGAGACCCUACCUGAGUCCCUCUAAAUCAUAGAACUUUCCAUUUGCUUAAUUUACCAGUCUUACCGUCUU